UUCUCACUCUCACCUAACCAGCAAGCAUGUCGUCAACGGCGUCAUCUUCUUCACAAAAGAAAGAACCCGGACUCAUGAAAUUCACUACUUCCUACUAUCGAAACUGGACCUACGACGUGUACGUGUGCUUCGACCGUACCACCAACAAAUUCGUCUCGGAUCUCUAUGCAAGGCUCAGCGCUGCAGGGGUUCGCGUCUUCAAGGACGAAAUGGAGCCCCGAAGCGGAGACCAGAUCCUGUUCAAGGCAAUCGAAGAUUCUAGAAUCUCCAUCGUGGUUUUCUCCAGAAGCUAUGGGGAUUCGACGUGGUGGUUGAAGGAAUUGGAGAAGAUAAUGGAGUGUCGGAGCAGCAAGGGUCAGAAGGUUGUGCCGGUGUUCUACGGUGUUGAUCCGUCGGAAGCUGGGGCGGCGUUCGCAUACCGGGAACCGCUCAGGGAAGCUGCUUGCCUUCCGGGCUUUGUUACAUAUAUCAGCAGGUUAACAUGUUUGGGUUCUCAGGUUUAUGUUACCAUUUUGAUAAAUGAACAUACCAAUGUCAAUGUGUUUUCAAGGGAGAGAGAUGAAGCCUUAGACAAUAUUGUUGAACAUAUUACUGCCUUUUUAGGUGGUAAGGAUCACUGGUUCACUCUGCCGAAUGUAGAGAAAUUGCAACCUCGGGUGCAGGAUUUAAUUCAAGUUCAACUGUUGAAUUAUGAUAAAGUUUUAAUACUUGGGAUAUGGGGAAUGGCAGGCAUUGGUAAAACAACCAUUGCCAUGGCUCUUUAUAAUCAAAUCUGUUACAGAUUCCAGAGGAGGAUGUUUGUUGACAAUAUCAGCGAGAGAUGUGAGCAGCAUAGUAUAGUUUCUUUACAGGAAGAGCUUUUUUCUUGUAUCUGCAAAACAACAGAAGAAACAAAAGAAGAAGCAACGAAAGAAGCAAAGGAAAAAGCAACAAAAGAAACAACAGAGGAAACAACAAAAGCAGCAGUGGAAGAAGUAACAGAAGAAGCAACGGAAGAAGAAAGGGAAGAAACUACUGCAGAAAAAGCAAAGAUUCAUGACAUUGAAUCAGGAAAGCUGUUAUUAAAGAAAAAUCUCAGCAAUAAAAAAACUCUUCUUGUUCUAGAUGAUGUGACUGAACGAGACCAUUUAGAGGCUUUGUGCGGAAGUCGCGAGUGGUUUGGUCCUGGAAGCACAAUAAUCAUCACCACUAGGGAUAGGAGUAUGCUCAAGGACGCUGAUGAUAUAUAUACAGUGAAAGGAAUGAAUUAUGAUGAAUCUAUUGAGCUAUUUUGUUGGCACGCAUUCAAGAAUAAGGAAAUUCCUGCAGAAGAGUAUCGCGAACAUGCAGAAUCUAUAGUUGAGUAUUGUGGGGGAGUACCACUUUUUCUUGAAGUAGCUGGAUCCCAUUUAUAUGGAAAGAUGAUAGAAGAGUGGGAGCCUGCAUUGGAAGAACUUGAGGAAAAUCCUCCUUAUAAAUUGCAGAGGUUUCGACAAGUGAGCUUUGAUAGUUUAAGAGAUGACUCACUGAAGAAGAUAUUUCUUGAUAUAGUUUGUUUCUUUGUUGGUAUGAACCGGAACCAUGUUGUGAAAAUAUUGAAUGGCACUGGACAUAAUGGAGAAAAGGCCUUAACUGCCCUUGAAGAUAAAUGUUUAGUAACUGUUGAUGGCAACCGGCUUCAAAUUCAUACCUUGAUAGAAGAAAUUGGAAGAGAAAUUGUUGAUGAGGAAUCACGUCUUACUCCCAAGCUAAGUACCUAUGAUGUAUUCUUGAGUUUCCGAGGAAAAGAUACUCGUGCAACAUUCACUUCACAUCUCCAUGCGGCUCUCGAAAAUGCUGGAUUUUAUGUUUUCAAGGAUGAUGUUCAACUUCCAAGGGGAGAAUGGAUAUCAAUCUCACUACUGGAAGCAGUGAAAGACUCCAGAAUGUCUAUUAUUGUGCUGUCUACAAAUUAUGGUGGUUCAAAAUGGUGUCUGGAAGAGUUAGAGAAUAUAAUGCAGCUUCAAAGAACCACAGCUCACGCAGUCGUGCCAAUAUUCUACAGUGUAGAUCCCUCCGAAGUACGUCACCAAAGUGGUGUAUUUGGACAAAAAUUUAAUGAUCUUUUAAGAAGUCACCCAGUGGAGGAAGACAAGGAGAAAAGUUGGAGGACAUCACUCCGUCAAGUUGGUAGUCUUUCAGGAAUUGUUGUGGUAAAUUCCAGUCUCAUCCAUUAUGUUCUAAAAGAUGACACUUCUUAG